AUGGGACAUCUUCGUGAAAAGGCGCUCAUCGUCCAGCUUCACCAGGUGACCGAUUCAUCGCAGCCUCACUCGUCUCAACGUGGCGGACAUGCUGAGUAUUCCGAUAUACUCCAGGAGUUCCGUGUCGGGGAUCGUGUCCUGUCAUUUCAGCUUCAGUAUUCUGUGGAGGCAGCUGAGUUGGAAGUAAUAAGGUUUCCUGGCUUCGUUAGAGCAGGCGGUCUAUUCGGGCGCCUUUUUUCAUUUGCCAAACUGCCGCAAAUUUCUGACCUAUUCGCGACCCCUGAAACUGGAUGA